UACCGUUCGUGUUUCCCGUUGUGUGUCCCGGUUCCCUUUCGGAACGGUUCGGUCGCCACGAGACAUCGUGUCUCUCGCGAGGACCUGUUUCCCGGUCGUGUAUUUACGAGUGUUCGUGCGGAACGUACCUCUCGCGGAAAAAGAAAGAAAAACGAAGCAAAGGAACGAACCUACGGGCCAGGCAAAAACGGUCCACUCAACGAUAGACGUCUUUGUUUACCAAAGAAGAAACCACUCGAAAAUCCGCGGGAUACUAAAAUCACUUAACAGGGUGCAACAAGUGAACGCCGGACACGUGGAAAAAUCGCACGUGGCUGAAGCGCGUUCGGGAUCACUCGCGGCAAUGGAACAUCUAGUUGUCUCCAGCGGAUAAGGGAUGGAGACGUCCAACGUCGCUCGGUUUUGAUGAACAAUAAUGAAUUAAAUUUUAUUGAAACCUUCGUUCAGCUAGAUUCGACUGUUAAGUGAGUUUCUUGUAAGAUCGUUCGAACCUUUCGAUCGAUGAUACGCGUGUGCGCAUGUGCGGUACUGAUCUAGCGUCCCGGUGUACUUUCGGUCGUUCGACCGGGAAAAUGGAAUCGGUUCGAACGACACGAUCGCAGGUGACGGACACACGCGUAAAAUGAUCGCGCCGCCACGGGAUAGAGAAGAUAACAGGCGGGUAAAAGCUCGAACGGACGGUCCGUAGACAUCGAAGGAAGAACGAGCCAGCGGGAUCGGAGCGGAACGUCAGUGACGAUAGUCGCGGCCCGAAGACUAGUUAAGAAUUUCGCUUUCCCGCUUUCGAUAUAUGACUCGCGUGUGCGUGAAUGGUUCCCUUUGUUUCCCACCAACGAUAUCAAGAAUCGCGGAUAUUGCUGUGAAUCAUGGCCGUUCGAACGCGACCACGUCUCCUCGCGUUUCAACGCCUCCUCGUUCUUCUGCUGGCCCUGUGGAAUCUCAACGGCGCGCACGCCGCGCGGGGAUUUAGACAGAGCAUCAAGCAUGGUCCAUCCGGAUUAUACGGCUUAAACAAAAGUUUGAAAAACAGUGGCCUUUUCCCGUCGACGUUCAACGUCGCCGCGAAAGCGGACGUUUUUGUGAACGCAACUUGCGGCGAGGAGGGACCAGAGACAUUUUGCAAACCCUCCGAGUCAUCAAGAUGUGCGGUUUGUGAUGCCAGAAGCCCUGAUCCUGGCAAGAGGCAUAACAUUAGCAAUAUCUUGGACUCGAAUCCGACGAAAUGGUGGCAAAGUCCGACCUUGGCCAACGGAGAUCUUUACGAAUACGUUACCAUCGUUUUGGACCUUAAGCAGGUUAGAUAUUUUAUUUCUCAAUGA